ACCCGCGCUCGCAGCAUCCGCGGUGGGAGAGCGCAGCCCUGCGCGGAGCCCGCCCGCCCGGCGCUAGCCGCCCCAUCCCGGGCAGCGCAGGGAAGAAGCUGGCCAGGACUGGCACGUUGGAAACAGGGACCGGUCCUGGCUCCAGUGCUCGCCUGCCCUGGGCUCGGAGACAUGGCAGAGUCGCCGAGGAUGGAUGCAGAGCCCUCCCAGUCGGGCGGCUGGCUGGACAAUGGCUCUUGGACACCAGUGCCCACUGCUGCCCCCCACCCAGACAUGAGCGCACCCGGAGGCCAGGGCAGGAGGGGGCUGUGGAUCUUUAACAGCAGUGGGGAGGACACAUCACCCCCGUUCCUGACGGAUGCUUGGCUGGUGCCACUCUUCUAUGCCCUCAUCAUGCUGCUGGGGCUGGUGGGCAACUCACUCGUCAUCUACGUGGUGUCCAAGCACCGGCAGAUGCGCACAGCCACCAACUUCUACAUCGCAAACCUGGCGACCACAGACAUCAUCUUCCUGGUGUGCUGUGUCCCCUUCACCGCCACGCUCUACCCCUUGCCCAGCUGGAUCUUCGGCGACUUCAUGUGCAAACUCGUCAACUACUUGCAACAGGUGACAGCGCAGGCCACCUGCAUCACCCUGACGGCGAUGAGCAUGGACCGCUGCUACGCCACCCUCUAUCCGCUGCAGUCGCUGCGCUACCGCACCCCACGCGUGGCCAUGGGCGUCAGCGUGGCCAUCUGGAUCAGUUCCUUCCUUCUCUCGCUGCCUAUAGCCAUGUACCACCGCACUGAGGUGGGCUACUGGUAUGGGCUGCGCACCUAUUGCAUUGAGGCCUUCGCCAGCAAGAGCCAGGAGCGCAGCAUCAUCCUCUACACCUUCCUGGCCAUCUACCUGCUGCCUCUGCUCACCAUCUGCCUCUGCUACUCUGUCAUGCUCAAGCGUGUGGGGCGCCCCAUCGUGGAGCCCAUCGACCACAACUACCAGCAGGUACAGCACCUGUCCGAGUGCUCUGUCGCCACAAAGGCCAAGGUGUCCAAGAUGGUGGUGGUGAUCGUGGUACUCUUCACUGUGUGCUGGGGCCCCAUCCAGCUCUUCUUCCUCUUCCAGGGCUUCUAUGACAGCUUUCAGGCCAACUACGAGACCUACAAGAUCAAGACGUGGGCCAACUGUAUGUCCUAUGCCAACUCCUCCAUCAACCCCAUCGUCUACGCCUUCAUGGGCGACAGCUUUAGGAAGUCCUUCAAGAAGGCUUUCCCCUUCCUCUUCCGGCGCCGGGUGCGGGACGGCACCGUUCUCUCUGGCUCCCGCAAUGCCGAGAUGAAGUUUGUCACUGAGGAGACCUAGUCCCAGCCCUGCCGGGGGUCCCUGAGGCCUCCCAGUUGUGCCAGCCCUGUGCGGCCUGCUCCUCCUGACUGUGGACGCUGAGGUGGUAAAUCCAAUAUGGUUGCCAGGCCAUAUUGACAUUGCUCAGGACAAGAGGCACCAUUCAAUGGAAGCUGUGGUGACUGGUACUUCAGAAUCCCUGGCUUGGAAGGGGCCAGGGUUUCUUCCCAAAGUGCCUUCUUAUUUGGGGUUCCUCUGUCCUCAGGCUGAGGCAUCCUCACAGUCCAAAUACUGAGGCAACCAGAAACGAGUGGACACUUUGGGAAAUCUGGGUCCUAAGCCAGACACCUCCCUUCCCUCCCUCCUCCCACCAUACCAUUGUCCUUGGCACAUCAUUGUAGCCAUGAGCAUCUCCUGCUGGCGCCUCAGGGAUUUGCCCAGAGCAUCUGGAAAUAAAGUUCUUUGGCUUUGUAAGGAGA